CGCGUUACCGGGAACGAGAGUGGACAAGAACAGAACAGAACGGAGCAGAAGAAACGAAGAAGAAGAAGAAGAGUUAAUGGAGGAUUUAUGGAAGAGAGCGAAAUCCUUCGCAGAAGAAGCGGCGAAGAAGUCACAGACCUUAACGUCGACCUCCACACUCACUGAAUUGGUCUCUGAAACUGCGAAAAAGUCCAAGGAGCUUGCUGCUGAGGCCUCCAAGACUGCUGAUCUCAUCAAAACAGCAGCCAUCAAGCAGGCCGAUCAUCUCAAAUCACUCAACGUUUCCGACAUUAUACCUCCUCAACUACCUUCCAUUUCCAUCCCCAAUUUCUCCGCUCCCUCGCCGCAUUCUCAGUCUGAGCUCGAGAAGUUUGGCCUCAAUGACGAUCUGAGAGAGUUUGUUAGGGGCUUUACUUCAACUACUUUCAAGAACUUUCCGAUCCAAGACGAACCGGAGGCGUCUGACGUUGCGGUUACGGCUUCUAAUGUGCGUAAGGAUCUGACGGAAUGGCAAGAACAGCACGCCACGCUGGUUCUCACCAAUGUCAAGGAAAUUUCCAGAUUAAGAUAUGAACUAUGUCCAAGAAUUAUGAAAGAAAGGAUAUUCUGGAGGAUAUAUUUUACACUUGUCAGCAGUCAUGUUGCUCCAUACGAGAAGAAAUACAUGGAAGAGAUUAAGCUGAAGUCUGAAGAACAAAGAACAGCUGAUGAAACCAAGCAAACUCCGUUGGUUGAUUCCUCUGAAAAAGUUGAAGUGGCGGAAAAGAACCUGAAGGGUAAAACUUCCCCAUCGCUGUCUACUGAUCAAGACUUGGAUACUUUUCUUUUGGGAGAUCUUGAAGACAGUGAUGGGGGAGGUGCAGAUGAGGGUGACGAAAGCUUUGACGACGACUUUGACAAGAUUGAAAACUCGGACGUCGAAGAAGAAAACCCCAAGGCGAAGUAAUACAAUAAGAAGCAGAUGCAACAGGUGAGAUGGGGUUUUUUAAUAGGAUCGUGGCUUAGCUUCCAUAACAAAAGGAAGAAUGGGCUGCUGAGAAGAAAGUCGUGGUGCAUACUCAUACCAUAGCGAGGUAUUGCAGGUUGUUUCAUUCCCAAAAAUAAGAAGAAAAUGAAGAAUAUUGUUGUUCUAGAAAUACCAGUAAAUUUUAGUCUAUGCCGAUUGUAUUCAAUUGUAUAAACAAGGCUGACAUUGAGUGACGACUCUAUAUAGUACUGGGGAUGGCUGGUAUUCCCUCGCUCGCAGGUGUACAGAAUUUACAGAUGAAUUUGUUAAAUCGAUUAUGGUUGUUUGGAAUUA